CGACUCUGCUCUACUUCUCUUUCAAACUCGUCAUUCAACGGUCUCUGCCUCCAACAUUUAGUAUGGAAGAUUCUCCACGGUCCCAAGAACUUCUAUCCUUGGAAGCUAUCUACCCUGAUGCAGAACUAGACAUCACCUCUUACAGUGGUACUAUUACGAUCUCCAUCCAUUCGGCGGACCCUGUUGGCAUAUCGUUCGCCGCGGUCCCAAAUACACAACCGCUUUAUGACAGCAUUAAUUACCUCCCGCCUCUCAAGUUUUUCUUCCAACUCCCGGAAACCUACCCUGACACUCCGCCCACCGUAGCCCUCCUGUCCCUGUGGCUUCCGGAGGCCACACUAACUGCGCUUCACGCCUCCUUGCUUCUGAUAUGGGACGACUUUCGUGAUAUGGUUGUCUUCCUGAUGGUGGAUCACCUCCAGGAGCAGGCGUUUGUGCUCUUUGGCCUCGACCCACCCAUCGCCCUCACCGAGGUGCAGUUCGAGUUUUUUGUAAGCUAUAACCGGGAGCAGCUCCAGGAAGAAUUCGACACCCAAAGCUUCACGUGCGAGAUCUGCCAGCAGUACAAAAAGGGCAAGAGCUGCUUGCGGAUUGAGCUGUGCCGCCACAUCUUUUGCAAAGCCUGUUUGCUUGAGUAUUUCAGCACGUGCAUCACAGCAGGUGAUAUAGAAAAGGUACAUUGUCCUGAUUACGAGUGCACUAAACGAGUUGCCGAAGAGCGAAAGCGAAUGGCAGACCCCAAGACAUUCAUCACCAGUGGUACCAGCACCAGAGAUAUGAUUCUCCGCGUGGUGUUCACGCCGCCGCUUUCCCUUGAUUUCCUCUCAUUUCUCCCACCAGAGAUUGUCACACGAUUCCAGACGUUGUUCACGCGUGAUCAGUACGAAUUUUUCAAGUCCAAUUUCCCUAAUAGAGCCGUUAACUGCCCGGUGGAGGCGUGUGGGCACGGGAUUAUCCGUGACGACGUUAAUGAUGACUUGGUGGUGUGCCCGAAGUGCCGCUACGCCUUCUGCAUUCAUUGCACCAACUCCUGGCACGGCAAGUCCAUGUGCCGAUUGGCUGUCCGACUAGAUAUCCCCGAAGACGUCUUGGAACAGUAUCUCUCGUAUCCUGAGCUGUCAAAGGACCGUCGGGAUUUGGAGGACUACUACGGUAAGUUCAAGCUCCGGCGCGCUGCCGAUGCGUGGCAUAUGGAUGUGUUGUUCAAGGAGAUGAUGGCAAACGAGCUGAUGACCGCGUGUCCGUCGUGUGGGGUGGUCUCUGCCAAGAUGGAUGGGUGCAAUAAAAUGACCUGCCAUCUAUGCAAGACGCCGUUCUGCUAUCUUUGUGGGGAAUUUCUAGAUCGCGCACGGCCCUACGACCACUUUAAUGACCCGGUUUCGGAAUGCUAUCGCCGGUUGUUCGAGGGGAUGCUGGGGACUGAGGAGGAGUUGAUGCGGCCAAUAGCGCCAGGAUUUGCCCUAUAGUUGUCCGUCGGGACGAUAUUUCCUCCCACAGCUAUACUAAAAGUUUUACGAUUAGCGGGAUCAGAGCGGAGUUAAAAGUACCGUUUUUAAGCUUCACACGUUGAGAUGCAUAUGUAUUUAGCCACUAUAUGUGGUAGAGCACGUGUUUCGAAUAUUAUCCUUAAUAUUUUACAAUGGGUGUACGGUUUUGUACCUGGCCGCUUCAUUAGGUAUUGCUGUUAGUAAAGGCGUGUAAUAUCUUUUCCAUGAAGGCGUGAUGAUCUGAGCUUGGGGUGUAGCUGCGAUAUUACUGCCAUUAUGACUAGUAAGCAACAGACAGAGUCACGCCACCAGAUGAAGCCAGAAUGUUUCGUCAGGGCGUAGAUUUUAUUCCCAGGACGAAUAGGCCUAGAACUUACAAAUGGAUUACAG